UUGCUUCCCCUGUUCUGCGUUAGCUGAGAGCUGGAAACUGGAGCUGGCACUGAAAUCCAACUUUGGAAAUUUGAUGCAGAGAUAGAGUAUCUGAGCUAGCAUCAUAAACACUAAGUUAAAUGCCUACUGUCUUUUAAAAUAUUUUUUCUCUGCAUUUCUUUGCAUUGACUGUGCAUGGUGUUUCCCUGGAAAUUCUUCUCUGUUCAAUCCCUUCAUAGCUUCCCUGAUGGUUUCUUGUCUUUUUCCCUGAAUACUUCUACAUUCUUCUGAACAUUGCUCAUUCCAGAGUGAAUAUUGUCCCCCUUUCAACCUACUGUGCAAUGACCAUUGACGUAGUCUGGUCUUUUGAGCUGAAACUCCUGUUUCCCUCCAGCUUGGGCAUUUUUCCCCAGCCUUUAUACCAUAGGUUUGACCCCCUGUUGAAUGCUUCUGUGUGGCUGUCCAAAUGCUCAACAAAUCUGAAAUGAAAUAGCAUCCUUCCUUCUUCUUCCAUACCCAUGUAGAAGAUAUGCAACUGCCAUUGUUUGUUAUAUGACAGAGUUGACCUGAUGACCAGGAGUGUUCUAUCCCAGGUGAUGAUAGCAUUUGAAGAGCUGGCUGUGUACUUUACCUGGGAGGAAUGGCAGAACAUGAGCCAAGCUCAGAAAACCCUGUACAGGGAUGUGAUGCUGGAGACCUACAGCAGCCUCUCCUCCAUGGGUGAUGAUAGCAUUUGAAGAGCUGGCUGUGUACUUUACCUGGGAGGAAUGGCAGAACAUGAGCCAAGCUCAGAAAACCCUGUACAGGGAUGUGAUGCUGGAGACCUACAGCAGCCUCUCCUCCAUGGGACACUGCGUGACCAAACCUGACUUGAUCUUCAAGUUGGAGCAAAGAGCAGAGCCCUGGAUAGGGGAAGAAUGCCUACAUCAGAGCCUUCCAGUUGCCAUGAAAAGGGAUGACCUGAUUAGGAACAACCAGAAAAGUCAGGACAAAAAUCUGACUCAGGAUGUUAUGAAAAAUAAGAAGACAUCAACUCCCAACAUCGUUGAAUUAAGAAAAACACUUCAUUUGAGUUCAAACCAUAUUCCAAAACUGAGUAUCAAAAAGAGAAUCUAUUCAGGAAUGAAACCUGAAGAAUACAAUGUAUAUCACAAUGUGCAUGCCCACUGUGGGCCUGAUCAACUACAAACUGGAGAAAAAUUUGAUGCUACUAAGGUACCUGGGAACACUCUAAAGUUCUGUGAGGCUCUUAAUCAACAGCACAAAAUUCAGACUGUGCAACAGGCUUUUGAACCAACUGGACAAGGGAAAGUCUUCAAAAUGAAAAAUGUAUUUUGUAAAUCGGAGAGGUGUUUUAUGGUAGAAAGUAAUACAUCAACUGCCACUAUUGGCAAGACAACUCAAAUAGAACAAGAUUCCCAUAAAAAUUCUAAACUCAGUAUGCAUCAACAAAGUCCCAGAAGAGAGAAAGUUUAUGAAUAUACUAGUUCUUUGGAACCUGUCAUUGACCAAUCACAUCUUAAAACAAAUAAUAGACCACUUAUAGGGAAGAAACUAUAUGCAUGUAAGCCUUGUGGAAAAUCAUUCAGUUAUAAAUCCUGCCAUGCCAUCCAUCAUGGUACUUUUGUAGUGGAAAACCCUCAUGUGUUUAAUGAACAUGGAGAAGCUACUUACCAGAAGUCACAUCUGAUUAAACAUCAGAGAAUUCACAAACAGGAAAAGCCUUAUGAAUGCAAUGACUGUGGAAAAACCUUUGGCUAUAAAACAAACCUCAUAAAUCAUCAGAGAAUUCACACAGGGAAUAAACCUUAUGAAUGUACUUAUUGUGAAAAAGCUUUUGGCCUUAAGUCACACCUCAUAACUCAUCAACGAAUUCACACAGGAGAGAAACCUCAUGAAUGCAAUGACUGUGGAAAAGCCUUUGGCCAGAAGUCAAACCUCAUAAUGCAUCAGAGAAUUCACACAGGGGAGAAACCUUAUGAAUGUAAUGACUGUGGAAAAGCCUUUGGAAAGAAGGCACACCUCAUAAAUCAUCAGAGAAUUCACACAGGAGAGAAACCUUAUGAAUGCAGUGAUUGUGGAAAAGCCUUUGGCUAUAAAGUAAACCUCAUAAGUCAUCAGAGAAUUCACACAGGGGAGAAACCUUAUGAAUGCAAUGACUGUGGAAAAAUCUUUGGCCAGAAGUCAAACCUCAUAAGUCAUCAGAGAAUUCACACAGGGAAUAAACCUUAUGAAUGUAAUAAGUGUGAAAAAUCCUUUAUUUGGAAGUCAGAUCUCAUCCUACAUCAGAGAAUUCACACAGGGGAGAAACCUUAUGAAUGCAAUGAAUGUGGAAAAUCCUUUGGCUAUAAAACAAACCUCAGAAAGCAUCAGAGAAUUCACACAGGGAAUAAACCUUAUGAAUGCAAUGAGUGUGGAAAAGCCUUUGGCCAGAAGGCACACCUCAGAAAGCAUCAGAGAAUUCACACAGGGGAGAAACCUUAUGAAUGCAGUGACUGUGGAAAAGCCUUUGGCCAGAAGUCAAACCUCAUAAGACAUCAGAGAAUUCACACAGGGGAGAAACCUUAUGAAUGUAAUGACUGUGGAAAAGCCUUUGGCCUUAAGUCACACCUCAUUAAGCAUGAGAGUAUUCAUACAGGGGAGAAAUUUUAUUUAUGCAAUGACUGCGGGAAAACCUUUGUCCAGAAGGCACACCUCAUAAACCAUCAGAGAAUUCACACAGGGAAAAAACAUGAAUGCAAUGACUGUGGAAAAGCCUUUCUGAGGAAGUCAGUUCUCAUCCUACAUCAGAGAAGUCACUCAGGGGAGAAACCUCAUGAAUGUAAAGGCUGUGGAAAAGUCUUUGCCCAUAAGUCAAACCUCAAAAGGCAUCAGAGAAGUCACACAGGGGAUAAUCCUUCUGAAUGCAAUGACUGUGGUAAAGCCUUUAGCUAAAAGUCAAGCCUUGUAAAUCAUUAAAGAAGCCACACGGGAGAAACCUUAUGAAUGUAAUGACUGUGGAAAAGCCUUUAUGUGCAAUUCAGAACUCAAUAAAAUAGAGAAGUCACAGGAGAGAAACCUUAUAAUGGCAAUAACUGUGCAGAAGCCUUUGGUAAUAUGUCAAACACCAGAAAGCAUCAGAAAAUUCACAAGGGGAGAAAUAUCAUGAAUAAUGAUGGUAGAAAGCCUUUGGGUAUAAUUCACAACUAACAAGACAUCACAGAAUUCACACAGGGAAUUUUUCUCACAAUUGCCUUUUUGUGCAAGUUUCAUUUUGUCAAAUGACAAUUCAUCAAGGAAGAACAAUAAGAUUAUUAUAAGUGUAGAUAUGCCUUUGGUGCCAGUCAUACCUCAUCAAUCAUAACAAUUCACACGGGAAAAAUCUUAUGAAUGUAAUGAUUCACAAAGCCUUUUACCAUAAUUUAGCCCUCCUUUCAUAUCAUCAAAUCCAUACAGGGAAAAAACCCUUUGAAAGUAAUCAUGUGGAAAAGCCUGCACUUAGAAGUUAUACCCCAUAAUACAUCAGAGAAUUCACGUGGGGGAGAAAUCUUAUAAAUGUAAUGAGUGUUGGAAAGCUUUGCCAAAAUCUCAGUUACAACAUUAGAGAAUUCAUAAAAUGGAGAUCUCAUGAAUGAAAUAAACAUGGGAAAGCUUUUUGUCAUAGGUCAUACCUCAUAAUCCAUCAUGGAAUUUGAACAGAAGAGAGACUGAGAAUAUAAUGAGGGGCCAGUGCUGUGGCUCCCUUGGUCAAUCCUCUGCCUGUGGUGCUGCCAGGUUCUAGUCACGGUUGCUCCUAUUCCAGUCCAGCUCUCUCCUGUGGCCCAGGAGGGCAGUGGAGGAUGGCCCAAGUGUUUGGGCCCCUGCACCCGCAUGGGCGACCAGGAGGAUGCACCUGGCUCCUGGCUUCGUAUUGGCAUAAUUCCAGCCAUAGCAGUCAUUUGGGGGUGUGAGCCAAUGGAAGAAAGACCUUUGUCUCUGUCUCUAAUGCUGUGAAAUAAAUAAAUAAAAUAAUGAAUGUGGAAGAGUUUUCCCUCAAAUAACAUUAAGUAUUAUGACAAAAUCUGCUGGAAAUCACAUCUUAUCCAACAGGGACUCAUGUAAGGGAGAAAGCUUAUAAAUAUUA